GCAAAAGAGCUAGCCGGUGAAGGAAGGUGGAGGUAAGGAGAUUCAGCCAAGGGAUUCCUUGUUGCUAUAUAAGACGUCGUACGUCGUAUUUUGGAGUAUUAUCAUACUGACUGCAAAGCCAGACAUAUACACGAGCUCCAACAUGUUCAAACUGUUGUGCUUGUUUGCCUUUUUGGCGUUUGCCGCGGCUGCACCUGCACCUGCACCUGCACCUGCACCAGCACCCGGCGCGAUCAUCGGCGCCCCGCUUGUGACAUCUUAUAGCGCACCCAUCGUUUCCGCUCCAUUAGCUUACAGCGCAUAUAGUCUACCGACUUAUAGCGCAUAUUCGGCAUAUCCGGCCUUACCGUACGCGUACAAGAGUUACGCCUACGUGGCCUAAUCGUCUAAACACCGGAGGACCAGGCAUCGGAGAUUAAGGACUAAUUUUCAUAGCACACUUCACAAAUUGAUCAACGCUCAUGAAAUUUUUUCCAAAAAUUAACCACGGAUUGUUUUCUGUGGUUCAUUUUUUUCAUUACUUUUACAUCAACUCAAUUAACUCCACACUUGCAUUUCAUUAGAUUCAGAAUCAAUAAAACCGCUUAAAAGCAAUUA